CUACACAUAACUCUAAUCUACCUUACCUUCCAUAUCAGCACGCUGAAAAUCGUCUCUACUUCCAUCGAGGCCGAUUACACCUAUCUGCGUAUCAAAUUUCAUCAUCCCGGAGCCGUGGUUGGUCCCAAGGAUGCCUCCAUGUUUCUGUCUAACUUUCUGAAAGAGAUGACCUACCGUGCCUCCAAGCAGCGUCACCAUGGUGACGUUGCUUCUCCGUCCACUAACUUGAACAAUGCCUACCACAUGAUAAAGGCGAUUCUGAAAAUGUGUCGUUCUCGUGAAGCUGAGGAGCGCGAGAGGGCGAAUCUGGUCGAGCAGGACGUCCUUAUAGUUGAUCCUGCCAAGAGUCCCUUACGCCUUCGCGAUCUCUACAUUCGACCGAACAUUUAA